GACACGCUAUCAGCUAUAUUUUACAAUUCACUGGGUGCUGUCCACUCACUGAGGAAAGAGUUCUGCACAAAGCCUGACACAACUCCUGGGAAGAAGGAGUCAUCUCGCAGAGGCAUGGCACGGAGUAAACUGGGAGCUAGGAGCCCUUCAAUGGAGGCAGCUCUAGGGUUUGCACUGGGAGCAGUGGCAGGCUGCAUACUGGGAGCCACGGAAGACCCAGUGGACAAGACUGUGUCAAUGAUGACUGGGGCCGGUCCACUGAAACCAGUGAUGCAGGAAGUCAAGACAGUUGGUGCUCUGGCGAUGGGGACCCUUAUUGGAGCCACAGCACUGACCACGGCGAUGACGUCUGUAGUAGCUGGUGUGAUUCUGGCAUCAGUGGUAGCUUCAGUGUUCAUGGCUGCGAGGAGCUGUGGUGCCUCCCACGCAAGCUCUCUUGGCUUUUGGGCAUCAGCAGGACUUGCUGGGACAUUUGGGACCACUGUCAGUGGAGCCACACUCGGAGUCGCUAUUGAAUGGAUUGUGAAGAAUUAUGGCAUGAUGGGCCUUCUGUGGGUGCUGACCAUUUUCACAGUGCUUAAACCACUUCUGCACUCUGUAUUCAAGUCUCUCUGGAAAAAACGAGAGGCCUGUUGUAGUCUGGGAUCAAUAGACUGGGCCAGGGAGAGGAAACAGAUGGAGAAUACAGAGCAGCAGUGGAGACAGAGUAUGGCUGUGCAGAUGGAGCACAGGAUCCUACUGCUGGAACAGGGAAACAGCACCAGUGGGUUGGAGUCCAGGACAACAUGGGUCACCGAACAAAGGCGGAGAGAGGAGAUAGAGAGGAAGAGGAUGGAGAGUAAAGAGGCAGAGAUCGAACAAAGAACCACACAAGACUGGAUCAACAGUGUGGUGGUCAAAUAUAUGGAUUUCUUGGCUUUCUCAGGGAUACCAAUGACAGCAGUUGCUUUAGUAACAUCAGGGUUUGGGAUGUUUGGCUAUGGAGGACAUCAGUCUGUGUUUAUUGUACUUCUGGUUUUGGUUGCAGUCAUAGCCUAUUUGCUUCUGAAAUCGUCUGACUUUAAAUUCUGGAUGUUGAUUGGAUGUAUGGGAAUGCUUGCAACUUUCGUCAUCGCCAUGCUCACCCUACAUGCCGGGCAGGUUGUUGUAACAACUUCCAUGAAGAAAGGAACAGCAAAUCAUAGUCAGUCCAGAGAAAUCAUCAGUGCUCGUGCAAUCCACCAUUCCUCUCUGGAAGCUUUGAAUGCAGCCUUCUUUGUGGCCAAAUUGUGUGAGCUGGGUUUGGGAGCUACAGUGGGGGGCCCACUUGUGAGGCGAGCAGUUGGAGAAGUGAAAGUCAUCAUGGGCGCAGCUUUAGUGGCUCUGGGUUUAUUGGCUGGGGUAGAGGUUUUAUCCCCAGCACUGGGAAAAGGGGGAAGAGCUGGGGCACUGCUGGGGGUGGUGGGAGCAGCAGGGGUGUCUGUGGGUGCAGCUGCAGCUUUGGCUGGAAUGUGGUCCUCAUGGCCAGGCACUUUGGGAACAAUAACAGGGUUGGUCAUAGGAGCACUAGGGAUGGGAAAAUGGCAUAUUGUCAACAUUGGACUGCAGUUACCUGUAGCCUAUGUCUUUGCUAUGACCAAUCCAUUUUAACACAACACAUUAUAAGAUCCCUUAGGUGUGCUUUGACAAUGUUGUCAAAGCAUAUUCUAUAUUCUUCUUUGAGUCUAUAAAGCCUAUGUGCAGACCCAUAUAAAACCAACAGUGAAUGUAUCUACUAACGUGUGCUGUGUGUGUAUUAAAUCCUGAUAUAUCCAUUUCUUGUGCCAUAGUGCUCAAUUAAAAACAACAAACCAUA